CCCAACGGAAAUGGGAAGAUGGCUAAAUUACCCUGGCGACAGCCGGCGCGCGGAGCGACGCCCCUUCCGCCGGAAAUGGGUUUCGGAGCCUCCAUGUGCCGUCCCCUCCACCCGCCGUCCGGCCGGGGAGCGUUGACUCCGCUGCUGCCAUGGAACCCGCCGGCUUGGAGCAGAUCCUGUGGGAGCUGCUGCUGCCGGACACCGAGCGCAUCCACCGGGCCACCGAGCAGCUCCAGACCGCUCUGCGGGACCCCACCGCUCUGUCUGCGCUGUGCGACCUUCUGGCCUCGGCAGCCGACCCUCAGAUCCGCCAGUUUGCGGCCCUGCUGAUUCGCAGACGACUGAACACCCGCUGGCGACGGCUCGCAGCAGAGCCUCAGGAGAGGCUCAAGUCCCUGGUCCUGACGGCCCUUCAGAGAGAAACAGAGCAUUCUGUGAGCCUUAGCCUGGCUCAGCUCUCAGCCACCAUUUUUCGAAAGGAAGGCCUGGAGGCCUGGCCUCAGCUCAUGCAGCUUCUUCAGCACAGUACCCACAGCCCCCACAUCCCAGAAAGAGAGAUGGGGCUUUUGCUGCUAAGUGUUGUAGUGACCUCCCGACCUGAAGCCUUCCAACCUCACCACCAAGAGCUUCUUCGGCUUCUGAAUGAGACCCUUGGUGAGGUGGGCUCUCCUGGGCUCCUCUUCUACUCCCUGCGCACUCUGACCACCAUGGCCCCUUAUCUCGGCACUGAUGAUGUGCCUCAUGCACGGAUGUUGGUACCCAAAGUCAUCGUGGCAGUGCAGACUCUGAUCCCUGUAGAUGAGGCAAAGGCCUGUGAGGCUCUGGAGGCUCUGGAUGAAUUGCUGGAGUCACAGGUGCCCAUCAUCACCUCCCACCUCUCUGAGGUCCUUGCCUUCUUCCUGGAGGUGGCUAGCAAUGUGUCCCUGGGUGAUACGAUACGUGUGCGUAUUCUCUGCUGCCUCACUUUCUUAAUCAAAGUCAAGAGCAAGGCCUUGCUGAAGAACCGUCUCCUGCCACCCUUGUUGCACACCCUUUUCCCCAUUAUGGCUGCCGAGCCCCCUGUAGGCCAGCUGGAUCCUGAGGACCAGGAUUUGGAGGAGGAAGAGCUGGAAAUUGGGCUGGUGGGGGAGACUCCCAAGCACUUUGCUGUACAGGUUGUGGACAUGCUGGCGCUACAUUUGCCCCCUGAGAAGCUCUGUCCCCUUCUAAUGCCCAUGCUGGAAGAGGCCUUGCGGAGUCAGAGCCCAUACCAGCGCAAGGCUGGGCUCCUGGUGCUAGCUGUGCUGUCUGAUGGAGCUGGUGACCACAUCAGGCAAAGACUGCUGCCCCCACUGCUGCAAAUUGUGUGCAAGGGCCUGGAGGACCCGUCGCAAGUCGUGCGCAGUGCCGCUCUCUUUGCCCUGGGACAGUUCUCAGAGAACCUACAGCCCCAUAUCAGCAACUAUUCAGGGGAGGUGAUGCCACUGCUCCUCGCCUACCUGAAGUCGGUGCCUCCUGGGCACACACACCACCUGGCCAAGGCCUGCUAUGCCCUGGAGAAUUUCGUGGAGAAUCUAGGGCCUAAGGUGCAGCCGUACCUUCUGGAGUUGAUGGAGUGUGUGCUGCAGCCUCUGAGGAACCCCAGCAGCUCCCGGGCCAAGGAGCUGGCUGUGAGCGCCCUGGGUGCCAUUGCCACGGCUGCUCAGGCCUCCCUGCUUCCCUACUUCCCCACCAUUAUGGAGCAUCUGCGGGAGUUCCUGUUGGCAGGCCAGGAGGACCUUCAGCCUGUGCGGAUCCAGAGCCUGGAGACGCUAGGGGUGCUGGCCCGAGCAGUUGGGGAUCCCAUGAAGCCCCUGGCUGAGGAGUGCUGCCGGCUGGGACUGGGCCUGUGUGGCCAGGUAGAUGACCCUGACUUGCGGCGCUGCACGUACAGCCUGUUUGCAGCCUUAUCAGGGCUAAUGGGUGAGAGUCUGGCACUCCACCUGCCACAGAUCACCACACUCAUGCUGUUGUCACUGCGUUCCACUGAGGGCAUUAUGCCUCAGCAUGAUGGAAGCAGCCCCUUCCUUCUGUUUGAUGAUGAGAGUGAUGGGGAGGAAGAGGAGGAACUCAUGGACAAGGAAGAGGAGGAUGACUCUGAGAUCUCAGGGUACAGCAUGGAAAAUGCCUUCUUCAAUGAGAAGGAAGAUGCCUGUGCUGCACUGGGGGAGAUUUCUGUGAACAGCAGUGUGGCCUUCCUUCCCUACAUGGAAAGUGUCUUUGAAGAAGUAUUCAAACUGCUGGAGUGCCCUCACCCGAAUGUGCGGAAAGCAGCCCAUGAGGCGGUGGGUCAGUUCUGCUGUGCACUGCACAAGGCCUGUCAAAGCUGCCCCUCAGAACCCAACACUGCUGCUCUGCAGGCUGCCCUGGCCCGGGUGGUGCCAUCCUAUGUGCAGGCAGUGCAUGGGGAGCGGGAGCGCCAGGUGGUAAUGGCUGUGCUGGAGGCCUUGACUGGGGUGUUACGCAGCUGUGGGAUCCUCACACUGCAACCCCCUGGGCGCCUUGCUGAGCUCUGCAACAUGCUCAAGGCUGUGCUGCAGAAGAAGAUAGCCUGUCAGGACACUGACGAGGAAGAGGAAGAGGACCAGGCUGAAUAUGAUGCCAUGUUGCUAGAGCAUGCUGGUGAGGCCAUCCCUGCGCUGGCAGCUGCAGCCGGGGGAGACGCCUUUGCCCCCUUCUUUGUCCCCUUCUUGCCAUUGUUGCUGUGCAAGACCAAACAGGGUUGCACGGUGGCAGAGAAGUCCUUUGCAGUGGGAACGCUGGCAGAGUCCGUUCAGGGCCUGGGUGCUGCCUCAGCCCAGUUUGUGUCCCAGCUUCUCCCUGUGCUGUUGAGCUCCACCCGGGAGGUAGACCCUGAGGUGCGGAGCAAUGCCAUCUUUGGGCUGGGUGUGCUGGCAGAGCAUGGGGGCCGCCCUGCCCAGGAACACUUCCCCAAGCUACUGGGGCUCCUGUUGCCCCUCCUGGCACGGGAGCGCCAUGACCGUGUCCGUGACAACAUCUGUGGGGCACUCGCCCGCCUGCUGAUGGCCAGUCCUACAAGGAAACCAGAGCCCCAGGUGCUGGCUGCCCUGCUGCAUGCCCUGCCCCUGAAGGAGGACUUGGAGGAGUGGGUCACCAUAGGGCACCUCUUCAGCUUCCUGCACCAGAGCAGCCCUGACCAGGUUGGGGAUGUGGCCCCUGAGCUCCUGCGUAUCUACAGCCUCAUUCUGGCUGACAGCAAGAUCCCACCAGUCCUCCCUGGAUCUCUCCCUCUUCGCUUUCCACCCAGACGCCAAGGCUGCACUGCUGCUGCUCCUGACAUUCUUGGCCAGACAGCACACCGACAUCUUCCAUUCUGCACUGGGCUCAUUGCCUGGUGACAAAGCUCAGGAACUCCAGGCUGUCCUGGGCCUCACCUAGGCUGUGGGCUGCAGCAAGGCCAGAGAGAACCGAGCCUGCCCAGGCCCCAAGACCACCUCUCAGCCCAGUUCCAGCUCACACUGUACCAGUGAUUCAGGGCCUCACACCCACAGCCCUGCUUGCUUGCCUUAUGGGGACACCUUUGGGGUUGGAUCUGUUAACGCUGUGAACAAUACAAAUGGAGUUAUGACAUCA